CUUCCCCUCCCAACCUCAUAUUGAUUUAUUUUAUUUCGCUAGUGUCAAGUCAUAGCUAUUUUAUCAGUUUUCAUAUUUAUUCGCCCCAAGAAAAAAGAGUGGUGAUUAAAUAUUGAUAAAACUGGCAAAAAUACAUCCAAUACAUCAUUGAGACUGCAUAUUUGACGUUGGAGCAUAGUGUUGCACCUGUUUUGCAUCAAGCACAAGACCCAUAUUUUUUGCCGGCCUAUGCAACAAAGGUGACAAACUAAUAUGGAGUCUGCUGGUGAUUGGUGCUUGAUAGAAAGUGAUCCAGGGGUGUUCACACAGCUCAUAAAAAAGUUUGGAGCUAGCGGUGUUCAAGUUGAAGAAUUGUGGACAAUUGACGAUGGCAUCUUUGAAACAUUGAGGCCAGUACAUGGACUUAUAUUCUUGUUCAAAUUCCUGCAACAUGAAGAGCCCUCCGGCCCAAUCGUCACGGAUAGUCGUCUCGAUAAAAUCUACUUUGCCAAACAGGUCAUUAACAAUGCCUGUGCGACACAAGCUGUUAUCAGCCUGCUCCUAAACUGUGACCAUCCAGAUGUGGAUCUCGGUCCUGAGUUGAGGAGCCUGAAGGAAUUCAGCAUGUCUUUCGAUGCCAAGAUGCGUGGGCUUACACUCAGCAACUCGCAGACCAUACGUACUGCCCACAACUCGAUGGCUCAGCAGCCUUUGUUUGAGUUUGAUCCUAAGGCUGCUUCGAAGGAUGACGAAGCAUAUCACUUCGUUGGAUACAUGCCUAUUGACGGGCGCCUUUACGAGCUGGACGGCCUCCAAGAAGGUCCCAUCGACCAUGGACCCAUCGCUCCAGAACAGGACUGGCUUGAUGUGGUCCGUCCCAUCAUUAUGAAGAGGAUCAAUGUAUAUACCGAAGGAGAAAUCCACUUCAAUCUCAUGGCCCUGGUGUCUGACAGGAGGAUGAUCUAUGAAAGGCAACUGAAGGAUCUCUUGGUGGAAUCAGAAGUGCUUGGCAUGGAAACAGAUGAGAUAGACAACGAAAUGCCCCGGCUCAGUAUGCUCAUCGAUUACGAAGAUGUCAAGAUGAUGAAAUAUAAACAGGAGAUGGCGCGUAGACGGCACAACUAUCUGCCGUUCAUAAUAACGCUGCUAAGAAUAUUAGCAGAGGAGAAGAAGUUGAUGCCCCUGCUCGAGAAGGCCAAGGAGCGUGCUAGUAAAAAGGGCCCGAAGAAACAAAAAGUAUAACAUUUGUGUGGGGCUGGACAGCGGGUAGAACGCGCGCGAAGUUCGCGGCGCGACUCCCAGUCCAGCCCCUCGCGCGUGUUGCCCGCCGCCGAACAUUACUCCCUAGCCGACCUAGACGCCAUAUAUAGAGAUCCCCAAGAUUUUUAUUUAAAUAUAGAACCCCAGCAGAUUCUAGAACAAGCCAUGGUGGAGUCCCAUGAAGUGUUAGAUCGUUCUAUUUUCGAUUCCGCGCACAGACUUUCUAGAAAUAAUAAUAUAUUAGACUCUGAUGAUAGUAAAGACUUUUUAGGUGAACCUCCGCCUCAGGCUGGCUUAAUAUCGGAUAAUAUAGACCCUCAAGACAUGGAGCUUGACACAGACAUUAUGCAACAAAUUGACCCGCUGUUAGAUGUGAAACCUCCUGAACCUGAUUUCGAUACAGACUAAUCACUCAAAUUAGAUCAGUGUAAAUUAAAAGGACAUAAUGUGGUGUUAGCAAAUAAGAACUCAAUUUAUUUCAUUCAUUUCAAAUUACAUUGUAUAAAAGUUUUAGUGUUGGGGUAUAGCUUGUAUUAUGCUAUCUAUAUGUAAAAGUGUAAAGUGUGGUUUUUUACAUAACAUGUAAAAAUAUGAAAAAUUACUUUCACUUACCAUUGAUUUGUGUAUCUAAAUAAGUAUUAAAAGUUUUUCAAUAAAACUACAGUAUAAAAAUA